GUCCACCUUGUUCGUUAAUUCUUCUAAUAUAAUCUCCUAAACGACACUUAACACUUAACACUCACAAGUCACAACACCCUUCCCUUGGCUCUUCCCAUGACUCUCUCGCGGGGCCUCGCCGUCGUGUUCUUCCUGCUCGCCCUCUACUGUGGGCUGGACCCCUUCCGCCACAGCCCAAUAGCCCACUUCCCUCACUUCGAGCCCAAGAGGGUCGACAUGCCCGCAUGGUCCGAGGUUCCCACGGAGCAAGACAAACACAACCUGCUGCAAAAGUCGGAGAUUAAGUUUCUGAACGAGGUUCAGGGACCAGAGAGCAUCGCCUUUGACCCUCUCGGUCGUGGACCUUACACUGGUCUCGCCGAUGGAAGAGUCGUCUUCUGGAACGCUCACUCUUGGCUUGACUUCGCUUAUACCUCCCCCAACAGGUCGGAGAUAUGUAAUCCUAUAGCAUCUGCAACACCAUUUAGUUAUGUGAAAACUGAGCAUAUCUGUGGGAGGCCUUUGGGACUCAGAUUUGACAAGAAAACAGGUGAUUUGUACAUUGCAGAUGCAUAUUUUGGGCUCCUGAAGGUGGGACCCGAGGGUGGUUUAGCAACAUCUCUUGUAACCGAGGUUGAGGGAGUGCCACUAAGAUUUACUAAUGAUGUCGAUGUUGAUGCGGAAGGAAUUGUUUAUUUUACAGAGAGCAGUUCUCAUUAUCAGAGGAGGAAUUUCAUUCAGCUGGUAUUUUCUGCGGACGAUAGUGGCAAGGUUGUGAAAUACAACCCUGCCACUAAGGAAAUCACUGUUCUUAUGAGGAACAUUCAAUUCCCAAAUGGCAUUUCCUUGAGCAAGGAUGGUUCCUUCUUUGUCUUUUGUGAAGGGGUUGUUGGCAGGUUACGUAAAUACUGGCUGAAAGGAGAAAAAGCUGGGACUUCAGAGAUUAUAGCCAUCCUACCUGGAUUUCCUGACAAUGUGAGAGUGAAUGAAGAUGGUGAUUUUUGGGUAGCUCUUCAUUGUAGAAGGUAUAUGUAUUCAUACUACAAUGGUCUCUACCCAAAGAUGAGGAAAAUCAUACUCAAGCUUCCUAUACCAACAAAGACUCAAUACCUGCUUCAAAUAGGAGGACGCCAGCAUGCAGCACUUGUCAAGUAUAGCCCUGAAGGUAAACUUUUGCAGAUAUUGGAGGACAGUGAGGGGAAAGUUGUAAGAGCAGUGAGUGAAGUGGAGGAGAGGGACGGUAAACUCUGGCUAGGAAGUGUUCUCAUGCCAUUUGUUGCAGUUUACAACCUGACAUGAGGCUGAUAAGAUUCUACUCCAAAGAUCUUUUCUAUCUUGAAUGGGGUUGAAGAAGUUGAGUUUUGACUCAACAUUAUCAAUAAUGGACCGUAAAUUCCUGAGAUGAGUUUUGCUUCCACUCUUUUAACUGGUUAUUAGUGUCUCCUUAAUUCGGCACUUUUUUUAACUGGUUGAAAUCAAACAAAUGAAGAGAAAAUUGUAAUAAUAUGUUACAUUAAAAAUAUUGGAUUAGUUAGGUUUAUUCUCUGGAA